GAGCGCCGUCUGUAGCGCGGUGAGUCAGGCGUACAGAGAGAUGGGCUUCAGCUCCUGGACCGGCCCCGAGAAUGAAACGGCAGGUGACUACCUGCAAGUGUGUGUGCAGAACUGGACGUGCUGUAGCGCGGAAAUGGAGGAGAAUUUCAUUGAGAGGAGUAAGCACGAGUUUGAAAAGUUUGUCGAUGAGGCGACUGAAGACUUGAGGAACACGUUUGAGUCCAGAUAUAAAAGGUUUGAUGAUUUCUUCCUGGAGCUCCUGGAGAAAACCGAGCGCUCUCUGAACGAGAUGUUUGUUCGUACUUACGGCGAUCUGUACACGCAAAACGCCGACGUUUUCCAGCGACUAUUUUCUGAACUGAAACACUAUUACACUGGUGGAAAUGUGAACCUGGACGAGAUGAUAAGUGAGUUCUGGACCCGUCUGAUGGAGCGCAUGUUCCAGCUGCUGAACUCACAGUACGACAUCAAUGACGAUUACAUGGAGUGCGUAAACAAGCACAUGGACGACCUCAAGCCCUUCGGCGAUGUGCCUAAAAAAGUCACGUCUCAAGUGUCGAGGGCAUUUGUCGUCGCUCGAACCUUCGUCCAGGGACUCGGAUUUGGACAGGGAGUGGCUACCAAUGCAUCGAAGGUUAACAUGAGUGCGGAGUGUGUUAGCAACGUCACCGAAAUGCUUUACUGCCCGUACUGCCAGGGCGUGACGGCGACUAAGCCGUGUAAACAUUACUGCCUUCAAGUCCUUCAGCUCUGUUUAAGGAGGCAGCUCGGAAUGGAUGGCGACUGGACGCGAUACGUCGACGCGAUGUUGCUGCUGAUCGAGAGACUCGAAGGGCCGUUCAACAUCGAGUCUGUCAUGGAGCCGAUCGACGUCAAAAUUUCAGACGCCAUCAUGACUAUGCAAGAGAAAACCAUGGAGCUGUCAUACGAAGUUUUUCGUGGUUGUGGUCAGCCAAAGCUUUUGGAAAAAAGCAGAGUUUCCCGCGACGUCGCAGACACAUUUGAUGCCGGAUUUACGACUGAGCCUGCUGGCACAAACCUCCAAAAACUGGUAGCAGACGUUAAGGGGAAGCUGUCGCUGUUCAAGUCAUUCUGGUCGUCACUGCCUGAGUUUGUGUGUCAGGAUGAAAAUGUAGCGGCGAGAGAAGACGAAACAAACUGCUUGGACGGAGAGGAACUGCACUGGAACAUCUCUGAAGUCUACGAUGAAGAGUUUAUAGAUUUUCCAGCGAUGGUCAGCGCUCUAAAGCGCGCUUAUACCGGCUACCAGUCACUCGACGACGACUCCAGUGAUGAGAUGAGUGGAUCAGGAAGUGGGAGUGGCUGCAUGGAGUCGUGCCUUUCUCCGCCUCCCCCUUUCAUCAUCGAAAAGCCAAAUACAGAAGGGUCCUCCACUUCAUGCCUCCACCCAUGCAACGUUCCUCUUCUUCUUCUUUUGGUUCUGUCCAUCCUCACAUAUCUCAACCAGCAGAGAUAAUACGCGCUUUUACACCCGUCUCUGUUUUAGCGAGAGUUGGGUCGAGGACUCCAGGAAGUGAAAGCGACUUAACGGAUGUUCACGCCCUUCGUUUCCACUUCGUUUAUUUACAUUACGGUUUCUUUGGCGUUGUUUUUUAUUUUCAUUUAAUAACCACUACGUUAUUUCCUGCUUUCGAUUAUGUCUUUAACGUCCUUUUGGUUAACAGUCUCUUCUUUUAUGACCGUUUUAAAUGUGCGUUGAGUAGAAUUUGGGCUUUUAGUGGUUACAAGGUGAACCCAGGUACCUGAAGCCCCACCUCCCAGAAUCGACAUGAACUAAAUUGGCAUUCAAUUUCAUUCACUUCACAGUUAGCAGUUAGUCCAUAUUUACUCGUUUUCUUGUAGGGUCAUUACUCCUUUUUUUGGGGUGGAGUGAAGCGUAUUUAAAAUUGUACAAUACACAAACAAUCUACUCGAUACCCUUGCUUUGUUCACCAGAUAUUUCCACGUUGCUGGAAGAAUAAGAAUAAUUUAAAAAUAAAAUAGAGUGCCUUACAUAAGUAUUCACACUCUUGAACUCUUCCACAUUUUGGACUGUUACAACCUGGAACUGACUUGGUACUGACUUGGAUUGGGAUUAUAUAUGUUACAGAUCUACACAAAAUAGCAUGUAAAAUGAAUAUAUAAAUAUAUACAUUUUUAAAUUGAAGCAUGGUGGCGGUAGCAUCAUGUCACUUUUCAUCAGCAAGGACUGGCAAACGGGUCAGGGUAGAGCACAAGAUGGAUGGAGCUAAAUGCAGGGCAAUCCUAGAAGAAUCUCAAUCUCAAGCCACUUGAGACGGGGCGGAGAUUCACCUUCAAACAGGACAAGCUUAUUGGUGACGCUGCACUGUAGUGGUGCAAAACCAAGAACCAUAUCACAUAGACACAUAUCACUGAGCAGAAUUGCAGCUGUAAUUGCUACCAACAGACUCGAGUCAUGACCCCAAAAAAACAAAUCUGCUUUUUUGUUUAACAAUAAAUACAAUUUCUCAUAUUUCAGUUCCAGGUUGUAACAUUACUAAAUGUAAUGGACUGUCUGAGGAAUUAAACCACGUCAAUGCACAGUCGUACGUUUUGUUUUGUUUGUUUUUUUAAACGUUGGUCAGAUGAUUAUUUAACCAAACCAUGUUUUGAGCAGAAAUAUAAAAGUCCUUUAAAGAAUGCAAUAUAAAAUACAUGUAGAAUGUACAUGAAGCACUUUGCUGUGGUUGUGUGGAGAAAUGUGAUGUUUAAAAUCCGCCUUUCACCCGAAAUCCUAGACACACACUGCAAAAACUAAUUCUAACUUUUAUUCACUUGUCCAUAAAUCUAUAAACUCCUUGGCCACUUUAAUAGGAACACCUGUACGGCUGUUCAUUCAUGCAGUUAUCCAAUCAGACAACAAGGUGACGUUUUUCCUCUUCACCUCUCUCCUGAGAUGCUUUUCUGCUCACCACAGUUGUAAAGAGUGCUUAUUUGAGUGCACUGCUGCCACAUGAACGAGCAGGUGUUCCUAUUAAAGUGGCCGGUG